AUGGUCGAAGAUUCAAUCACAGAUAUUUCCCCCAAGGAAGCCACUCCAGAACCACGAUCAUUCUUCGUUCGAGAUUCUGCUCUCAACUCUCCAACAAACGAAAAAGAAGAGGGAGAUUUGGAAGAACCCCAUGUUAAAGGUCGUCCUUCGAAAUGGAGUAUGGGCAUUUUAAAUGUGCCUAAUACUCAUGAAGUUCCUGGCUCGAUCCUCUUACUCACAGGUAAACGAAACGAACCGUUAGGUUUGCGAAAUGCCCCCGCGAGAACUUCAACAUCUACACUUCCACCUCAAACUCCAUACGAUAGAAGUCGUGCAGCUUCAACUUGGUCCGAAAAGAAAUUAACAAAAGAUGGCUCGACCGUUUUGGAUCCUCAACCGGAAGAAUCAAGUAAUGAUCCUCUGAAUUGGCCUGUGUGGAGAAGAGAUGCAGCAUUACUUUCCCUCGGAUUAUACUGCAUGUUAGGAGGUGGUAUGACACCAAUUUUAGCUGCCGGAUUUACCAAUGUGGCAUCUACGUACGACGUUACAACCGCCGAUGUUGCACUUACAACUGGAUUGUAUAUGAUGGGACUUGGCGUUGGUUCGGUAUUUGCUUCACCUACAGCAAUUCUUUACGGAAAACGUCCAGUCUACCUUGGUGGAGCCAUUCUUUUCAUUCUCUCUUGCGUAUGGUGCGCUCUUUCACCUACAUAUAUUUCACUUCUCAUUGCCAGAAUCGUUCAGGGUAUUGCGCUUAGUCCAGUCGAAUGUUUGCCAUCUGCAACAAUUGCCGAGAUUUUCUUUUUACACGAACGUGCUUAUCGUAUUGGGAUUUAUACUUUGUUACUUCUGGGUGGAAAGAAUUUGGUACCACUUGUCAGUGCCGCUGUCAUUCAAUCACUUGGGUGGAGAUGGGUAUUUUGGGUUGUCACCAUGAUUGCUGGCUUUUGUUGGAUACUCCUUUUCUUAUUCGUUCCAGAAACAUUCUGGGAUCGAACUCCACGGCCUAAAAGAUCGCGAUCUAGAAGUCGAAGCAGGAAAAAUUCCAACAUGUCACAAAUAAUUCAUACUCUGGGAGGACUCAGACGUUCAUCAAGUAGAGUUGAUGUAGCUCAUCAGCCUCAACUCGAUGGAACUGAAGGAGAACAACAACCAACGAGAUCUCCUCAAAUCCAGGUGCGACCAACUGAACCAACUCGAAGUAUGCAUAUUGGUUUCGUUCCGGAUGAUAUGAAUUCAGAUUCAACUUCAACAAAAAUUGAUGAAGAUGAUAAGCAAGACAAAGAAGAUAAAGAUGUUAUUACUAGACCUACAAGUCCUCACACUAGACCCAAUCUCCAUCACGCACAUGUAUCAUUUGAUCCUAACACUACUCGACCUACGAGUCGUGAUCAUGACUUCAUACAUCAAGAAGAAUCUCCAAACUCAACAGGGGUACCUACUUUACACAAUUUCAACUCACCUUACUAUAAUAAUGUGGAAAAGUCGGGAGGAAAUUACGUCGAUCGAGGUCGUCCAAUGGAAAGAGUCAGAUCAGGUGCAUCUCUUCGACAUAUUGAAGAAGGUGCUUCUCGUGAAUUAUCCCUUGGACCACAAUACACUAGAGAACUUCGAGAUGGUCCGAGACAAACAUUCAUACAACAACUCAAGGUUUGGAAUGGUCGAUUGUGUAAAGAUAAAUGGCUAGUAGUAGCCAUUCGUCCUUUCAUUUUAUUCACAUAUCCGGCUGUUUUAUGGUCUUCUAUUGUAUACGCUUGUUCAAUAGGUUGGCUCAUCGUUUUAUCCGAAUCUGUCGCCGUCAUUUAUCGAACAAAAGAAACCUACAACUUCUCUGCUCUAUCAACUGGUUUAAUCUAUAUCUCACCAUUUGUUGGUGGUGUAUUAGGUACGGCUGUUGCUGGUAAAGUCAGUGAUGUUAUUGUACGCGCCAUGUCUCGUCGCAAUGGAGGCCUUUAUGAACCUGAAUUCCGUUUGAUAAUGGCAGCACCAGUCGCAGUUACCACCGUCAUUGGACUAAUGGGUUUUGGCUGGUCCGCUCAUGUUCAUGAUAAAUGGAUUGUACCAACAAUCUUUUUCGGUAUUAUUUCGUUUGGUUGUUCUCUUGGUUCAACAACGGCAAUCACUUUCUGUGUGGAUAGUUAUCGACAAUAUGCAGGAGAAGCAUUAGUAACUUUGAACUUUAGUAAGAAUAUCUUUCAUGGAUUGGUAUUCAGUUUGUUCUUUACGAAAUGGUUGGAGAGAAGUGGAAGUAAAAGUGUUUUUAUUUGGUUGGGAGUUAUUCAAUUAAUUUUGAUGGCGGCCAGUAUACCAAUGUAUAUUUGGGGAAAGAGAGCUAGGAUGUGGACUGUUAAGAAGAAUUGGAUUGAGAGAUUUGGAGAGAGAUGGGGUAAAUAG